GUUCAGUCCGUCACUUUCUGUGACGCACGACAGGGGGAAAAACCAAGUCGAGGCCGCUAUGAUCCACAUACUCGUAGCCUACCACUGUCAGUGUGCUGACAGAGAUGGGCUCCUCCUGAAGCCGAUUGGAGAACUCUCUCACCCGGGGUUGUUUUAGCGAUCGCCCGAGAGGCGGUUCGGGAGGAGGAGGCGGUGGUGGAAAGGGGAGGAAAGGAAGAGGAUGGGCAGAAGUAGAAGACUUGCAUUUUAAACAAACUACUUAGAAAAAAAGAGAAGAGAGAGAGGGUCAGUAUCACCGGAGUGCAAGAGAGAGAGAGAGAGAGAGAGAGAGAUAGGGGGGAGAGAUCGCAUUCUUAUCACGUCUACGUUUCUCUUCUCUCCUCUCUUUCGCUACAGCCACUAAGAGAGAGUGAGGACAGGGGGGAAGAGAAAGAGAGAGAGUGCGAAAAAAGGAAGAGAAGAGGAAAACGAGAGAAUUACCAAAUUGAAACUACUGAUCUUUUUUUUCCCAGAUGCUUUCCAAUUGCAUAACAAAAUCAAGCCCGGCAUCGGACCGUGAGACGCGGGACGCACCGGGCCACGACAGAACAAAUCAUCGCAGAAGGAGGAUAUGUGAAGUUGGAAUUCCACUAAACUAAUGCUGUGAAGUGGCUCUGUCCCUAGAGCUGAAACUUCAUUGCCGUGGUGUCAGCGAGGAUGCUCUGGGUUACCUUGCUGAGCACCAUAGCCUUAGGAUGGACCACUCCAAUUCCACUGCUGGAGGACUCAGAGGAGAUCGACGAGCCCUGCUUCGAGCCGUGCGACUGCGAGGUCAAAGAAGGCAUCUUCCAUGUCCACUGUGACAGUAAAGGAUUUACAAAUGUCAGCCAAAUCUCUCAAAUUUGGAGCCGACCCUUUAAGCUCAACCUGCAGAGGAACUCAAUGAGGAAGCUCUACUUCAACAGCUUCCUCCAUCUUAACAAUGCUAUAUCCAUCAAUCUCGGUAAUAAUGCCUUGCAAGACAUACAUGCUGGGGCAUUCAAUGGCUUGGGAAUACUCAAACGGCUUUUUCUCCAUGAGAACAAGUUAGAAGUUUUCCGAAAUGACACAUUUCUGGGGUUGGAUAGUCUAGAAUAUCUCCAGGCAGAUUAUAAUGUCAUUAAAAGGAUUGAAAGUGGUGCAUUUAGGCACCUUCACAAAUUAAGAGUCUUAAUAUUAAAUGACAAUCUCAUACCCGUGCUGCCAAACUAUCUUUUUCGGUCUGUGUCCCUUACACAUCUGGACUUGAGGGGUAACAGACUAAAGACAUUGCAGUAUAAAGGCACAUUGGAGUAUGUUGGGCGGAGCUUGAUGGAAAUCCAGCUAGAGGAAAAUCCUUGGAACUGUGUGUGUGAGAUUGUUCAGUUAAAAACAUGGCUGGAGAGAAUUCCCUACACAGCAUUGGUGGGAGAGAUCACAUGUGAGUACCCAUUCCACCUACAUGGAAAAGACCUGCGGGAAAUUAAACGCAACGAGCUCUGUCCUCUGCUCUCUGAUGCAGAGAUUGAGGCCAAGCUGGGAAUUCCCCGGGUGCCAUUCAGCAACGAGAACACUCAGCCUACAAAACCUUCCCCCAUGAUCUCCUCCGUUCACAACACAGCCUCUUCUGUGGAGUACAAGGAAAGACCUGUGAAGCCUACCAAACGACCCCGGCCGACAAAGAACCCCCCUACCCCUCGUAGCAUCUACCCAGGCCUCAACCAACCGCCAAUUGCUGGUUACCAAACAAGACCACCCAUUCCAAUAAUUUGUCCAGCUAGUUGUAUUUGCAACCUUCACAUCAAUGAUCUGGGAUUAACAGUAAACUGUAAAGACAAAGGCUUUCACAACAUUUCGGAGCUUCUGCCAAGACCCCUAAAUGCUAAAAAGUUGUAUCUUAGCGGGAACCUAAUACAGAAGAUCUACCGAUCAGAUUUCUGGAACUUCUCAAGUUUGGAUUUAUUGCAUUUAGGUAACAACCGGAUAUCCUAUGUUCAAGAGGGUGCGUUUAUUAACUUACCAAACUUAAAAAGUUUAUAUCUGAAUGGUAAUGACAUUGAGUGGCUCUCUCCUGAAAUGUUCCGUGGACUUCAGAUGCUAAGUUAUCUUUACUUUGAAUACAAUGUCAUCCGUGAGAUCCAGCCUAAUUCGUUUUCCUUAAUGCCCAAUCUGCAGCUGGUUUUUCUCAAUAAUAACUUAUUAAGGUCACUCCCUGAUGAGGCUUUUGCUGGCACCAACCUUGCACGUCUUAAUCUCCGUAGCAAUUACUUUGUUUCUCUGCCUGUUCAUGGUGUCCUAGAGCAUCUCACUUCCAUUGUGCAGAUUGAUCUUCAUCAAAACCCCUGGGACUGCUCUUGUGAUAUUAUCCCUCUCAAACAAUGGCUAGAAAAGCUCUCCUCUGUCAUUGUAGUGGGAGAUGUGAUCUGCAAGACACCUGAGUAUGCUUCUGGAAAGGACCUGCGCUUGCUUGAGGUGGAGGUCAUCUGCCCAGAGCUGAAGCUUUACUCAGGUCCCUCUCCAGCUCUACCUAGUGGUUAUGACCUAACCACAGGAAGCUCCGAAAUGGGUAAAGCUGGUGGGAGAGGAGCUGUCCCGCUAUCAGUGCUCAUCCUCAGCCUACUUAUCCUCUUGAUUUCAGCUGUCUUUGUGACUGCUGGGCUCUUUGCCUUUGUCCUCCGUCGCAGGAAGAAGCUACCUUUCCGGAAGCGUUCCGAGGUGGACCUAACAGGGAUUCAGAUGCAAUGUAGGAUUUUUGAGGAUCCACCAAGGCAAAACAGUGCUGGGAACACUGGCACACCGGAGAAACCAGCGCCCAAUUUGCACACACACUCACAAACUACUCACACACAUGCCCAUGGCCAUGUUUAUGAUUACAUCCCCCAUCCUGUUACUCAAAUGUGUAACAACCCUAUCUAUAAACCUAGAGAAGGAGAGAUUGCCGAGGAGGAGAGGGCACAGUUUGCAGAAAAGAAAGACAAUGGCAGUAGUAGCAACAGUAACUACAGAACCUUGUUGGAAAAAGAGAGAGAGUGGACCUUGGCGGUCUCCAACUCUCAGCUUAAUACCAUUGUUACAGUCAACCACACCACAGCGGACAUGUCAGGAUUUCAUGAAAAUGGAGGGCUCUGCCCUACAGUUAUUGACAGUCAGAGGCCCACACCAACAGUGGGCUUUGUAGACUGUUUGUAUGGAACAGUACCGAAAUUAAAGGACAUGCAUGUUGCACAUGCACAUCCACCAGGCAUGCAGUACCCAGAUCUACAGCAAGAUGCACGUCUGAAGGAGACAUUGCUUUUUACAGCUGGGAAAGGCUGCUACCAUGAUCCCUCCCAAAGUGAUUACCUUGAGUUAAGGGCAAAACUUCAAACCAAGCCAGAUUACCUAGAAGUCUUGGAAAAAUCCUACCGAUUUUAAUGACUCUUUAUCCUCCGGAGAAGAACAAAAAAAUACAGAAAUUUUUCAUAUGCGCUUUGCCACCGUCCAAAAAAGUCACUCAAAUCAAUAUUAAAAGAAAAUGUGUGGAGGCAGCAUGAAAUGAAAAUGUUUUUUAAGGAGAUGAUGCCCCCACUCCCACGUAAAAAUCUCCAUGGAGAAAAAGGUCAUUCUCAGAUGUUUAAAUUAAGUGCCUUUUUUUCAGAGUAGCCAGCAAUGUCAACCAUUAUUUUUAUAAUAUAAGAAUAUCUCUAUAUGCCCUCAAGAAAGCAAACGAGGAAAAAAAAUGGGCUCUGGGAAAUAAAACAUACAAACCAUGUUACGUCUGUCUCUAAAAUCCAUUUGAAUGGAGUUAACACAAUGUGCUACUAGUAACCAUGUGGACGAACGGGAGCUGGACGUCUCCCUUACUUUUUGCUUUUUUUUCUUUGUUUUUCCUGUCUUUUACCCCUCACCUAGGAUGUACAAACACCAAGAAUCUGUGCACAUUUUUUUGUAGGACAUUAUCAAAAGAGUCUAAAAAGUACUUAUAUUCAAACUGAACUGCAGUUUGCUGCAUGCACUCGCUUCAGUGCAGGAAGUGAGAGGAUUACUAUCACAUCACUCUAUGAACUCUAUACAGCAACACAUUUAAGGUUCAGUGUUGUAUUUGAUUUUCUUUUAUAUCUUAAUAUGGUUAUUACUAUUAAUGAAGACAUAUGUCUAUAUCAGGGUGCUUCUUGUAAAGAAAAGGAAGUCCCGGGGUAGGAAUGGUAACCCAAUUGUGAAUAUUAUUACAUGACCAUACUGAGGUUUUUUUUUGGAUUAUUCCAAACUCUGUUAAAGCCCUGCCCCCUUUUCCCUUUCAAUGCUUCUGGAUUUCCCCUUCGCAGUCCACUAACAGCUUUGUAGUAAGCACUUUUAAUGUUUUCUCUUUCACAAAGAUUUGAAGAAAAAUGUGCAUAUAUUUAUUCUGUAAUUUCAGUGAAGAAUUUUAUUGUAAAGAUAAUGUUAAAUCAAUGUAUAGUGAUUAUGCGUCUGGUAUAGCCUUCUUAAUAAAAACAAACACUUUAAUCUAAUUGAUGAAGGUGUCAAUGCAAAUACCAAUACCAGUGCAAGAUGUAUGGAGUGGAGACUAAAAGGUUGUGUAUUUAGUGUAGGAUGUUGACAGCUAUUAGGUUUUGUUAUGCAAAAAUGCAUGCCAGACCAAGAAACACUAAAAGGUAAGAAACGACCGAUCAUAACCCAAACUUGUUAAUAUCCACAUUACAAGAUUUGCAUCCAAUUUAUCUGAGCUACAUGAAAAACACAAAUAUAAAAUGCUGAUUAAUGUUUGCUCAAAUUAGGGUCUCUUUAUCGUAUAUUAAUGCAGUUUGUUUGUUUUUUCCUUUUGUUUAGUAAAUUGCAGAGAUUAGCUGUGUAUAUCCUAACGCCAAAGUAAAUCAAAUCAUACGUUGGGUAAAGGCUGGUUUGGUGAAGAUAUUUUAAAAGGAAAUAAGUAAGGUUGUGAGAGAGUUGUCAUUAUCUGAACAUAUAUCAUUGAUGUACGAAAUUAUUUAAAAAAUUAACUGCGAGGAUUAGUGAUAGGUAUUUUUUUUUACAUUUGCUCAUUUCAUUUUUUUUGUUCCUGCUUUCUGUUUGCUAUGUGAUUUUAUUCCACUGGAGGGCGAUACAAAUGUUAUUACAGAGUCACACCAGAGAUUUGAUGCAUUUAUGUUACUACAUCAAUCAAAAUCUCUUAAAAAAAAAAAUCUUUAAAAGACAAGUUUAUACAUGAAUACUUUAUAUUGAAUGCAUAGAUUUCUCUAUAGCAAUCACUAUUUAAAUAACACAGCUUUUUACUGUAAAAAAAAGAGCAAACCCUUUUUAAGCCUAUUUCAUCCUACAAACAAUACAAAUAGAAUUUAAAUAAAGAAACUUAAGGACGGCAACAACAAUGGAUUAAUAUACCACAGAAAUCAACAUUCCUACCAAUUUAUCUAUUGUUUCUAAUAGUAUAAUCUUAUUUUGGGUGAAAACGCAAUUAAGGUUUUGAUGUCUUAAAAUUUGUAGUAGCUAUGGUGACUGUAAAAAGUUUACACAUUCAUGAUAAAAUAACAGGUUUUUGUGAUGUAAAGAAUUAGUCCAAGACAACUCAUUUGAGAACCUUUUCCAACUUUAGUUUCAUGUACAACCUGUACAAUUUUUUCUACUGCUCACAGGCUUUUGGGGAAGGAAUUAUCUGCAUGGAACAACUUGACUUGGCAACAUUUUCUCACUCUUUUUUUAACCAUGCAUAUUGUGACAGCACCAUCAUCUUAUAUUGCCUCACAGAACUUUAAUGAGAAUUGAGGCUGGGCUCUUGCAAUACCACUCUAUAAAAACUAUUAUAGUCUUCUGGUGAACACACACUUUUAACAUUUUGAUGUAUACCUGAAUGUUUUCUCAAACUAAAGAUGACUUCAGCAUUGAAGCGCAUGUCUGAUAUUUGGUGCAAACAUUGACUUUGAAAUGAAUCAGGAUUUCCACUACAUUAAAUCCCCAACUCCAGCUAGUGCUGUUCUUGUCCCAAACAAACAUUUCUAAUUAUGGCCUAAAAAUCAUUACCCAUAUUUUAAAACCAUAACACAUUACCAGGCAUGGCUAUGAAAGAUUAAGCCAGGUAAAAUAUUUUUCUUUUCCUUCUUUUAUUGAAGAGAACCCUAGCAUCAUUUUCAUUUUACCAUUGUAUCUCAAAGUCUAGGCAUACAGUACAAGGAUCACAUUCAGUAACUAUUAGAAGCUCAUUCAGCUCCAGUAUUUUUUGUUAUUUCCCUGGUUGUGGGGGAAAAUACAGUUCUCUGCAUUAUAUUUCCUACUCUUGAUGUUUAUUUGUUAUGGUAUUUAUAAUGGCUCAAAAAAUCCUUUUGUGAACUUUCCCUGAUUUGUAGCUUGGGUCUUUGUAAGAUUCUUCCAAUGCAUAAACUGUUCAAAUUAUGGCCUUUGCUGUUAGAUGCAACAAAAAUAAAUUAAAAAAAAGAAAGAAAAAAAAAGAAGAAAGAAAUCAUGCUAAUGGUGGCAGGUAUAUCAUUAUUGAUUUUUAAUAUGAGCAUGAAUGGGGUGGCCAGCACAAUUGCUGGUUAAAAAAAUGAGUGUGUCCACACUUUCAUUUGGGUUGUACAGCUCAUAGGUAAUAUGAAACUAUUUUUAAAAAUUUCAGAAAUGAUUUGUCUGGCUCUCAAUUCAUUUAAAGGCCAAAACGGACAUUUUAAACAGGAAUCUGUAGUUUUUUUAAUUCUCACUAGAAUUUGUAGAUUAAUUAAUUUUACCCAAUGACCCCUUUGCUUUGUUUCUAAUGCAUUUAACAGAAGGUAUGACGCUCACUUUAAAUACAGUGUUAUUAUUCCUGAUAUGUGUCAACUUACAGUAAUUAAAAUGUAGCAAACCAACCUUUCUUUUCUGAAAUAUGUUCAGAUAUUGUUGAUGAGUCAUCUCCAGUAUUGAUUAUCAGUGAUCCAGUAUACAAGCUUGCAUUAAAUUGAACAUUUUAUCUUGUGUUGCCUUCAAUGUUCAUUUAUUUUUGGCAAUUAUUGCUGCCCAGACAAGCAAAGGACCCCUUGAUAUGAAUCAUUUAAAAGUGAUUAUAUGAAGUGUGAAGGCUUUCUCGUUUCUACAGCUUUUGGAAAGUUUUACAGUGUUGAAAAUCUUGUGCUCUGCUCUGUCCAAUUAGUCUUCCUCCCCUCUGGUACAUAUACACAUUCACACACGGAGAAAUACACAAAACCUUAGUUUCCAUGAAUACAAGGUCAAAUAAUAAUGUCAGCAGUUUUAGUAUGCACUUAGUUUGAUUAAAAGCAUGAUAUAUUACUCUAUUAACCUAAACCUUUAUCCUCCAAAACCCGCUGUAAAAUGAAUAGAUUAAGUUGAUAAUUUUUGCUUUGCUUAGUGUCUUGGUAAACUUUUGUUUUUAUAUUCCCCAUUGUUUAAUUUAUAUAAUUAGAUUCCACAGAUAAACAUUAACCUUUCCGUCAAAAUAGUUUUUUAGGAUAUUGUUUUUGUCAUCCCCCCAAUGAUCUGCAGGAUACUUCAUGAUGAACGUUCAAUCUAUACUAAGUCAGAGAUUUACUAAAUACUUUAACACAUGUGCUGAUGUUUCUCUACUACUUCUUCACAAUCAGUGCAAGGUAACAUUUUCAUUACCAUUAAAUUAGUUUUUUGUCAACAGUUCUGCAUCUUUGCCCUAUUUAUGUUCUGUAUUUUAGUUUGUUUUUAUUUUUAGUUUAGAUAAAAGACAACAUCAUGGUCUAACCAUCAAUCUUACACUGGAUAAUGAUUGCAUAUUACAUAAAUGUUGAUUACAAGUUCAUUUUUCAUUUUCUUAAGAUUUAGUUUGACCCUAUUCUUGACUUAAGAAGCUUCUUAAACAAAAGUAGAAAGAGAACACUAUGCAGGUGUUAUGUAAGGGAAAGAAUUUGGAAAACUGUUUUAGAUAAAGAUUAUUAUUCUAUUAUUUGCAAAAGUAUUGUUAUUUUAACAAUGCGUGC